AUGUCGCCCUCCUCUGGGACCGCGGCUCUAAUCACGUCGCGGCCCAGCUCCCGGGGGUUCCAUUAUCCGUCUGCCCUCCGCGCCUCCUCGAAGACAUGGUUUUUAUCGCAUCCCGGACCAGCUCCCGGAGGCCCCAUCAUUCGUCUGCCCUUCUGGCCGCCUCGGAAAUUAGGUGCCGCCAACUGGUUUGCGACUCCAAAUCACGUCACCCCCAUUGAGACGGUUAUUUUAUACCCAUCCCGGCCCAAAUCCGGAAGUUAUCGACCAUACGACCUUUCCUGCACGCCACUUUGGAGGCUCGCGAUGUUGAGUUACAGCAUAUUGUACUACGGUCGCGGUUUUAACCGUCGUGGCCCAGCUGCAGGAGGCCGUCUGUCAGAGGUAUUCGCCGCUUUCCUUCUUGGAUCGCUCGUCAUGAUGGUGAGUGUAAUUGCACUGGUCCUCGGCUUCAUGGUUAAGUGUCGCUUGCGUAGUCGCAACAGCAGACCAUGUCGUCAUCCGCUAAGACGACGAACUUAA